AAAUCGGAAAACCCAAAGCCCAGAUCAUUGUCUGAUCGCUAUCGAGUUUCCCUCUUUCCAAUUCCUUUGCAAUCUUCAGGAACACAGGAAUUCUAUUCCCUUCUCCUUGUUCCAGUUUGUAGAUAUCAGCCAAGAAUUCGGAGACAAAUGAUUAAACCCAAGAACUUCCUUCAGAAUCUGAUCAAAAUUUUCAAGUUUGGUUCAGGGAAAGGUAAAAUGCAUGACCCAGAUCGUUUUUCUAGCAAUUUAUUAAUGGGUUUUUGUUUUCUGGGAUUGUUGUUUACUGGUUCUUGGAUUUCAAGGAGAAAGAAUGAAGAGGACUUGCAGAAAGUAGCUGAAGACUUGCAGAAAAUAGCUGAACGGGAACAAAAGCACUUUCCUUUUGAGACUUUAGUUGCUGCAACCAAGGAUUUCCACUCUACUCACAAGUUUGGUCAAGGAGGUUUUGGACCGGUGUUCAAGGGGAGGUUGAGUGAUGGGAGAGAAAUUGCUGUUAAGAGGCUAUCUCAGACCUCAAAUCAGGGGAAGAAAGAGUUCCAGAAUGAGGCUAAGUUGCUAGCAUGUGUGCAACACCAAAAUGUUGUCAACUUGUUGGGGUAUUCUGUGCAUGGCACCAAGAAGCUAUUGGUUUAUGAGUAUGUUUCUAAUGAAAGUCUAGACAAGCUCCUCUUCAGUAAGUACCGCUCAUUCCGUUGUGCUUUUCUUUCAUUCUUUUAUCAUUUGCAUAUGCGUUGUAGAUUUUGGUUUGAAAAAGAACCAAGCACAAUUUAGUUAUGGGAAUAAUAUUUUCUAAUUUGGAUUUCUAUUUUUGUGACAUUAAUGGUUCUUGUUGUCUUUUCCUUAUUUGAACCCCUGAACGGCAUCGAUAAAGGAUAUAAGGUUUUAAAAUCUGAUGACCAGGCUGGACAAACAUCCUCUCUUGUUGUGUAUCCUGGCCAUAGCAUCAAAAGGCUUUCUAUUUUUUCA